AUGGAAAUCGAAGAUAUAAAAGAAGCAAUCUCCUUUGAGUCAAUAACAUGUAGGCAAACAACUAAAGAAAUUGAAGUGGUCAAAAUGGGUUAAACUAAGGAAAAACCUUUUAAGGCGAAGCUUCAAAUUACAUUCACAGUUGAUAACGAAAUCAUCUAUUUAUACGAUGGAAUAAACUUAAGAAAGUAAAAUGAUUUUAUAUAAACUGAAAGAGAAUAUAUUUUAGAUUCUUAGGAUAAUCCAUAAAUAUUAGCAAAUAUGGAUUAGAUCUAACAUCGUAUAUGAU